UUUAUUUUAUAUUUUUAUACCCCUGUAUAAAAUGUAUAAUUGAUUUAUAUAUAUUUAGUCAUCAUUCAGAUUACUGUAUCUAAAUAUUGAUACUUACUAUAAAAAAAAAAUUAGUCACUCUACAAAUUAUAUUCUAAACAAUGUGAACUCUAUUAUUUGUUUAAGAAUUUUAUCAUACAAACAGAAAUGAGAAAGUAAUAUAUAAGCACAUAUAUAUAUAGGCAGUUGAAGAACGUAAAAGAUGAUGAGAUUUUUAAGAUUAAAACCAAGAUUUAUUAUUCGAACAAUUACAACUUUUCAAAACCAUGUAUUAGUCAAACAAGACUUAACAAAAUAUUUUCAAGAUAAAAUACGUAUAAAUGGUCCAAUUACAGUAGCUGAAUACAUGCGGGAAUCAUUAAAAACAUACUAUAAUAGUGGACAAGUUUUUGGCUCUGAUGGAGAUUUUAUAACAUCUCCUGAAAUUAGUCAGCUUUAUGGAGAAAUGGUUAUGCUAUGGUUGUUAAGCAUGUGGGAAAAAGCAGGGUGUCCAUCUCCUUUAAAUUUAAUAGAGCUUGGACCAGGAACAGGAGUAAUGAUGACAGACAUGCUAAGAUUAUUAAAACAAACUCAAUACAGCUCACUUGAUCUUAGCAUACAUAUGGUAGAAACAAGUAAGAAAUGUAGCUUAGAACAAGCCAAUAAACUAUGCAGUUCAGAUUUAAAGAUAGAGUCAGACAAAUGUUAUUAUCAACGUGGUAUAACAUGUGAAAAAUAUGGAAAAAAAGAGAUAUUUUGGUAUGAAUCGAUAGAUGAUAUCCCUAGAAAUACAUUUAGUUUAAUAGUUGCCCAAGAAUUUUUUGACGCUUUACCUAUACAUAAAUUCAGGAAAAUUAACGAGAAAUGGCAUGAAAUAGUAAUAGAUAUUGAAAAUUAUUUGAGUGGAACAUUUCGUUAUGUCUUAUGUAAGACAUCUACAACUACAUCAAAUUUAAUAUCUACAAUAGAAUAUUAUAAAUGUUCAAAUCUCAAAAAUGGAACUGAAAUUGAAGUUGGGCUAGACGCCGCUAUUAUCAUGCAGAAGCUAAGUGAGAGAAUAAUAAUGGAUGGUGGAAUAUUUCUAUGUAUUGAUUAUGGACACGAUAAGCCUAUAAUUGACACCUUUAGAGCUUUUAGUGGACACCAACAAGUUAACCCAUUACAUAAUCCUGGAACAGUAGACUUGACAGCAGAUGUUGAUUUUGGCAGACUAAAAGAUGUUGCUGGAACUGAUGUCUUGGCUUUUGGACCAAUAGACCAAAAUAUGUUUUUAGAUAAUAUGAUGAUUAAUUUGAGAUACCAGAAUUUGUUAACCUUGACAAAAAAUGAAAAAGAAGCAACAUCACUUACAUUUGGUUAUAAUAAAUUAAUGGAAAUGGGUAAAAAAUUUAAAAUAAUGGGAAUGGUACCAGCCACAAUGGCACCAAUAUUAUAUAAUUAUUCAAUUAGUGGAUUUGGUUUAUAUAAUACAAUAAAAAAGUGAUAAUACUAUUGAAUUAAGAAAAAUAUAAAAACGAACACAUUAUGUAUAGUAUAUAUAACUUAUAAACUUCCAAAUUAUGACCGAUUCGAUUAAUUUUUGUUAUUUUAGUAAUUUGUUACAAAUAAUUUAAUAUUAAAUAUAAGUAAAAACUAGAGAAAUAUACAAAUAACAUAUUUAUAUAAUAUAUAAGUUAUAUUAUUAUCAAUUAAGUAAUAGUUAAUAAUAAUUAGAGUUCAAAAUAUGUAACAUUUGUAAGGUUAGGACGUUUGAACAUGUAAAUUGAUUGUGAAUAUUUUUAUGUAAUUAUUGUACUCCAAAAAUAUUGCAUAUCAAUUCAAAUAGUCUAAUAAAAUCAAACUUCGCUUCAAGAGUUCACUGGUAAAUUAUUGUAAUCAUAUACUGAAUUUAAUAUUGAUAAAAAUAAACUUUUUGGAAAUAAUA